CCCAGCCAGACCCUGGAGGAAAUGAAGAGGCUCUCAAGGGAGGGGCGAGGGAAAGAGGUUGGGGUAGGGUGGAGCACAGCCUGCAGUGAUAGCAGCUGCGUCUUCAACAUGGAUGGCUCCUCCUGCCGCUGCUGCUCACCCUGGAGACAGGUUUCUGUGAAGGAAUAAAAAGAUGGAGGAAAAUAGGAGUUCCAGCUUCCAGGGGUCCUGUGUUUGCCAGCUGCUGCAAAACACAUCUGAGAAGCUCUGUUUCCAGCUAACGGGGACCACCUGUCCCAGGAACCUCAGUACCUGGGAUAAGAACCUCCUGAGUGGACCUCUUGUCAAAAUGAAUUGGACCAACUGUAGUUUCCAGGACUCCAGAGCCAGCAAUGCCUACCUGAACAACACCACACCAUUGCCCUGCUUGGGCACUGUUCUGGAUGCUGAUAAGUUCAAGAUUAAGGCGCUGGUGCAUUCAGUGUCUGAGAACAGCACCACCCUGACACUAGGGACUACACCUAAAGAAGUUGACAGCUUCAACACAGCAGCCGCAGCCAUUUCUGGCUCCAUUGGUGUCGUGGCCAUCAUCUUGCUCCUAGUGGGUCUCUUGUCCAUGACCCUGAAGAAAUGGAGGCGCGAGAGACUUUUUAAGAAACAACUGAGGCAUCAGACCAACUUUCUUCACAAAUCCUCGGAGCCUUCCUGCCAUGUUGAUGCCAUAUAUUCCAACGUGAUCAACCUGGCCCCCUGGAAGGAGGAUGACUUUGCUGUCUACGCCAACAUGCCCCCUUUUGAUUACCCCAGGAGGACAACACCACACCAAGUGGAAUAUGCCUCCAUUGUAUUCUACUGAUGGCAAGCUGAUGAGAUGCUCCAGAGUGGAGAGUCAGACCUGUGGCCCGGCUGGAUCCUGACACAGCUUUCGCUUUAGAUGUGUGUGUGUGUGUGUGUUUUAAAAAGUAUAUA